GAAAUAAACAUGAAUGUGCUGUAUCGUCGUGAUCGAAUGCCCAGGCUACUUUCCUCUAAUGAACUUUCAAAAUGACUUAUACUUUACAGCAUUACAGUCUCUCGCUUACCCUGCUCCUGCUAAUCGCGGUUACGCUUUCUGUCGAUGCCGAGUUCCAGUCUUUGGAUAAUUUGAAACCGCAAACAAGCGACAAAAUCCAGACAAGAGCAGUAGCCGACCUUCUCAAGCGACUUCUUGGAAACAGAGCGAGGGAGUUCAAGGUGUUAGUCAACAGAACUUUGGCUAAUGGAAACCUUGAUGUAUGUGAACUCCGGUCAACUAGAAACAACAGAAUCGCAGCGACAGGAAGCACGGGGGUAGCACUGGCUACUGGAAUAUACAACUAUCUGAAGUAUUUCUGCAACUGUCAUGUGUCUUGGUCAGGUAGUCAGCUGAAUAUUCCGCGCCCACUGCCCCCCGUUACUGGGGUUCUGAAAAUCAGCACCCAACACCGGUUCAGGUAUUACCAGAAUGUGUGCACUCAGAGCUACUCCACAGUGUGGUGGGAUUGGUCACGCUGGGAACAGGAGAUUGACUGGAUGGCACUCAAUGGAAUCAACCUGCCCUUGGCAUUUAAUGGACAGGAGGCCCUGUGGCAAGAGGUGUACCUCUCCCUUGGCUUGAAUCAGACGGACAUCGACCAGUUCUUCACAGGCCCCGCCUUCCUGGCCUGGAACCGAAUGGGCAACCUUUUCCAGUGGGGUGGCCCACUGCCCCAGUCCUGGCACACCAAGCAGCUGUACCUUCAGUUCAAAAUAUUGGAUCGAAUGAGAGCAUUGGGAAUGAUGCCGGUCUUACCUGCCUUUUCGGGGAAUGUGCCUCAAGCCAUCACCAGGCUGUUUCCGAAAGCAAAUGUGACCAAGCUGAAUCCCUGGAGCCACUUUAACUGUAGCUACUCCUGUGCUUAUGUCCUGGAUCCUCGUGACCCCCUCUUCCAGCACAUUGGUGCUCUAUUCCUGUCCCAGCUAGUUAAGCAGUUUGGGACAGACCACAUCUACAAUACUGACACCUUUAAUGAGAUGACACCCGCUUCUCCAGAUCCGGCCUAUCUGUCUGCGGUCAGUCGCUCUGUGUUUGCCGCAAUGACCUCAGUUGACCCCCAGGCAAUUUGGCUGAUGCAGGGCUGGCUGUUUGUUCAUGAUGUGGACUUCUGGAAGCCAGCCCAGAUCCAGGCCCUCCUGCAUGGUGUGCCCAUUGGCAGAAUGAUAGUGCUGGACUUGUUUGCUGAGUCCACACCAGCCUUCUCCUCGACCCAGUCCUUCUAUGGCCAGCCCUUCAUAUGGUGCAUGCUGCAUAACUUUGGAGGCAACAGUGGACUCUUUGGCACAGUGGAGAGCAUCAACUUGGGACCCUUUGAGGCCCUUCGCUACCCCAACUCCACCCUGGUGGGGCUGGGCAUGGCACCAGAGGGCAUAGAGCAAAACCCUGUGGUGUACGAGCUGAUGAGCGAGCUCGCCUGGCGUAAGGAGCCUGUUAACCUGGGGAAGUGGGUCUCCCUGUAUGCCACCAGACGCUAUGGUAACGCCACUGAGAACCUGGCUAAAGCCUGGAAGCAUCUAUUUCAAAGCGUGUACAAUUGUACCGUGCCACACUAUAAGAACCAUAACCGCAGUCCCCUGGUGCACAGGCCAUCCUUGCAUAUGCCCACUGAGGUGUGGUAUGACCCCAGGGACCUGUAUGAAGCCUGGAAGCUCUUGUACAAUGCCGCCCAGCCCCUUGUGUCUGUGGAGACCUUCAGGCAUGACCUGGUCGAUGUCACACGGCAAGCCUUGCAGCUUCUGACCGCCGAGUACUAUAGAGAAAUCAGGGACGCCUUCCAGAGCCAGAACUUGUCAGAGCUGCUGAUGGCCGGAGGGGUACUGGUGUAUGACCUCCUGCCAGAGCUGGACCGUCUUCUGUCCAGCGAGAGCCACUUCCUCCUGGGGUCAUGGCUGGAGCGAGCGCACUCGCUGGCUCUGACUGAGCAGGAGGCGCAGCAGUAUGACCUCAAUGCCAGGAACCAGAUCACACUGUGGGGCCCAGAGGGGAACAUUCUGGAUUAUGCCAGCAAGGAGUGGGGUGGACUGGUGGAGGACUACUACUCUCAGCGUUGGAGCCUGUUUGUCAACACCUUGGUGGAGUGUCUGGAUAGGGGGAGGCCUUUUAGGCAGGAGGACUUCAACAAAGCUGUCUUCCAGGUGGAGAAGGGUUUUGUUUUCAACCAGAGGAAAUACCCAUCCAAACCACAGGGAGACACCUAUGAUAUUGCCAACAGAAUAUUCUUGAAAUAUUACCCACAGGCCUUAAAAAGACUGAACUGAGCAGUGUAAAAACAGUUCCCUACUGCGGCACAAAGAAUGCCUCUGCUUCUGUCUUCUCUGUUACAUAAAAAUGGACAGGAAACAUUUUUAUGUGACAUAAAUAUGAGGUUAAUGUGAGUACUAUCACCUUUUAAUUUGAGGGUAUUUACAUCCAUAUCAGGUGAUCUGCAUACAAAUUACAUCCAUUUCAGUGGACCAAAAGUAAUUGGACACUUGGCUUCUCCGCUGUCUCUGCUUAGCCGCUUCUUUUGUGCAGGUAAAAUAAAGCUUUCAGUAUCUAGUCUUGAUUCAAUGCUUUUGACUGCCUUUAGAGUUUGUUAUUGGGGUUUAUCAACUAUAGUAAGGACCAGAGUUGUGCCAAUGACAGUCAAAGAAGCAAAGAAGAAGGUGACAUUCUGUACUUUAACUUCAUAUUCAUUGUUCCAUUUCAAAUCCAAUGUGCUGAAGUACAGAGCCAAAAUAACAAAUUGAACAACUGUCCAAAUACUUAUGGACCUCACUGUACAUAAAAACCUCCAGAGUUAUGGACCAACCAAUAUGAACCUCCAGAGUUAUGGACCAACCAGUCAGGCGAACAGGAUAUGAACCUAGAUGCAAUUAUGCCUUUUUAAGCACAUUUUUGUAGUUGUUUUUUAGUAUUAUGCAGUAAGCUGAAAUAUGUCACUAUUUCCGUUUGAUUAAAAAAGUGGAAAUACCUUUUCAACUCUAUUGCUGUGUGGUGUGUUCCUGUGGGAGCAACAGAAAUGGUUUACAUUGUAAUUAUUUACUUUGCUGCAAAAAGUAUGUUUUCUUUGGUUUGUUGUAAUUGGAAGAUGUCUACUCCUAGCAGACCACAGCUCCCACUUCAAUAUUCCCUCACUGAUGCAUUGUCUUUAAUGAGAUGGCAAGAAUAAUCUUAGAAUAAUAGUUUGCGUUGAGUUUGGCCCACGUAUUCUUCUUCGUAAGGGCUAUUAUCAUGCCUUAGUUGAUUUGAACUCAACACGCAUACACGCAUGCAUACGAUGGCUUUUUUUGUUUUAACACAAGUAAAUUUAGUUUUGCUAAAGCUGGAUGCAUACUUGCUGCGGAAACUAACUUUGGCUAGUUCGUAUGAAUUAAAUUACCAAGUUAGGGGAGAGCAGAACAGCUCUCUUGCAAGUUCCAAAUAUAUUGUUUGUUUUAGAUUAUGAUUGGUUACCUAAUGAUGUACUGCCAGACAGUGUGAGAAGAUUGACAAUACCAAGAGAACAAGUGGGAAAUGCUGAGAUUAAAAAAGAAAGGUGUUCAAACAUGAUUCAGCCAAAUGUGCCAGACUUAUUGAUAUAUUUUGAGUUAAAACAAGCUUGUAGCUGACAAAAAAAGCUUGUAGGCGCGGAUAAUAUAACACUAAAUAAUGACAGUGACAGGCUUGGGUUAAAUACGUAAUUGUUUUGGAUUCAAAUACUUUUCUGUACUCAACUGUUAUUGCCUGGUACAAAUGCAGUCAACAAAGUGGUUUGCACUUAAUUUCCUACUGUAUUUCCUACAGUUCAAUUUGACAAAUUUCAAAAUGAUAUAUUUUUUUGUUUUUGCUCUGUACUCCAGCAAACAAUCUGUGAAUUACAGCCCCUAUUAACAUGGUCCCCCCAAUUUUUGGGACCAGUCUGCACUUUAACCACAUAGUGAUUGUUUUAUUUCAGCUUGUUUGCUGAAGUACUGAAAAACAACAAAAAAAUAUGUCACUGUCUAAAUACUUACAGACUGCACUCUAAGUCCCUCAAAGUAAAAAAAACAAAAACAUUACAUUAUCUGGAGAAAAACUACCAUUGACCAGACCUGAAAUUCUGGUGGAAGCGGCCGCUUCCCCUUGUUCUGUUUGGAGCACAGUGAGUUCACAUUAUACCCUGGUAGCUAGCCAGCCGACUGGAUGAUAUGGAUGGAUAAGAUGGAUCUUAAUAUACAAAUACCAUGGCAUGAUGUAGGCCAAUGCUCUGCUGAAGUUGGCACAGAGUGGCUUGCUGUUCGCAUGAGAGCAUUGUUAACAUGCCCGGUAUUGAUAUGUGCUAGAUUUCCAUUGGAUUGAUUGGAAAUAGAAACAUUUGUAAAACAUUGUCCCAUCCCCAUGCAACAAAAGCUCUAUAGAUUACAGCAAAAUGUAUGUGAAUUAUCACAUGUAAUAUGCACCACAGUGUGUCACAAUGUCUUUGCAUUAUUUUUCAGUGUGGUAUGUUUAACCUUUAAGCAUUUCUAUAUGCUUUUGAUGGACUAAACAUUUCAUUAAUUUUCUGAGAGGUUUUGAAUGUUUUUUUUUUUUUUUGGAUCAACCAAUUCUAAUUCAAGUGGGAAUUCUCCUAAUUGCCACUUGGAAAAAGAUGCAAGAGUGAGUUUCAUUAGUCAAAACAUUUGUUGUAAAAGUAUAAGAUUUUUUAUUAUUCAUAGCAAUGUACUAUUUAGCACAAUUUUGGAUAGAUUUGGCGACACUAGGGGACACCAGGGUAUACUGCCUGCAUUUUUCUUCAAAGAUCUUUUGUAGUUCUGCAUAUAACCUUCAGGUUUUGCACACUUCAGUAAGUUCAAUGAGUUUAUGAUUAAUAAAACAGUUCCCUGUUUGUGACUCUCAGUAUUUAAUUAGAAAAUAAAGAACAACUUCAUUUUUGCA